AUGAAGUAUGAGAAACUGGAGAGAUGGUGUCUUACCUGUAGACAUAUAUCUCAUGAUGAGAGGACUUGCCUGAUGCUGUCUGAAGAAGAAAGAAGAGCAAAGAUGCUCGAAAGAGAGGCUGAAAGAAACCUUGCUCAACUAGCAAGAGAUGACCAAAACAGGGACAGAGACAGAGACAUUCUCCAGGCUCGACGCCAAGCUGGGCAAAUCUCUGCCCCUAUCCGCGAAAGGAGACCUCCCUCUAACCUACAAGAUGAAGCUCGUCAGUCUGCAUUGACAAUAAGAGACGACAGACCCGACCCAAAGAAGAGAGAUAACCGGGUCCCAGAUGAAAGAAGGAAGCGCCGUUAUGAAGAGUCUUUUGCGGCUCGUAAAGGAAAAUGGGAAAAAUCUAAAGGAAAAGAGGCUGUACCUCCUAGAGAUCUCCGCGAGUUCCCUCCUCUUGCUAAGCACCCCCAGAAGCCCAAGGCUCCUCCUGCUCAGCAAAGACCUCUUCUCCCCAACCAGAAGAUUCGAUCAAGCAGCCUUCAAAAGGGAAGUGUUGUUGAAUUCGGCGAAUCCUCUAAAGCAGCAAGCUCAGCCAAAAAGAGCCUCACCUUUGAUACAGCAAAAUCGUCAGAGGCUGUCUCUCUUCCUCCUCCGCAGAACUCAGAGCAACCAGCCAUGAACCUCCCUCCCCUUCCGCUUUCCCAGAAAAGCUGGUAUGAGCAAACCCUUGAGGAAGAUAAUGAAGAGGACGACCUGAUGGCGGAGGACCUGAAUCCGGUUAAUCAGUCUGUAGCGCCGAUCCAUAUCUUCCACACCGAGGAUCUGGAGCUAACAAAGAACCCACCUCACUGUGAAGCUGACUUUAUGGAAAUGGAAGCUUCGGCGGAGCACACUGGACUGAAUGAUGCAAUUGAGGGCAUUGGGGAGGAUGAUGAAUGGAUGGAUGACACUGACUUGUUCAACGAAGAAGAAAUGGAUAAACUCCUUAAGGAUGAUGACUUGCUCGGCGAGGAUUUCGCAGAUGAAGAAGAACAGAGGCUGGAAUUAGCUCCGAUGGAGAUCCAAGAAGAGGAACAGCAGAGGAAAAAACCAUCAUGGUGGCGAAGCCCAAUCAAAUUGGCCCCUGAACAAGAAUCCGAUCUGGGUGGAGGAAAAUCGGGAAAAGCUGCUGGAAGGAAGAAACAAACGCCACGAUCACCGGGACCGAUGGGAGUUUCCCUGAAAAAGAGGAAUUUCGCAGCAGGCCGUAUAUCUCCAAACUCAAAGGGCAAAGGUCUCAAGCCCCAGCCCGGCCAAAAUCCAAGUGGAAGAAAACAUGAGAAGCCCACUGGAGAGAAGAAGCCCAAGGAUGAAAAGAAGCUCACUGGCAAUAAGAAGUCCACUGGAGACAAAAAUUCAAAGGCCCACAAGACAAAAUUAUCAUCAUCUUUUGGUGUGGGUGAAGCCCAGAUACCAGACAACAGCCAGAAAUGA